GACGCAGGGCGCUGACAGCCCGGACCGUGUGCUGGCACGCUCCGACGGGGUCCGUGCGACGGAGGCGCGCCGCAAGCAGCCAGCGAGCAGUGACCAUGGUUGUGGAGGAGCUACCGCUGUCGGGACCGGACCAAACGAAGCCGGCGGCCGGAGGGCUACCGGCAGAGGAGGCAAACGCCCAGACAGAUGACGCCCUUGCUGAUGACGGUGAACCUCCACGGCAACGAUGGGGAAACCGAGUCGAGUUUCUGCUGUCCUGCAUCGCCAUGUCCGUGGGCCUUGGGAACGUCUGGAGGUUUCCAUACACGGCCUACAAGAACGGCGGUGGCGCCUUCCUGAUACCCUACGUGAUCGUCCUAUUGACGAUAGGCAAGCCGUUGUACUACAUGGAGCUGGCCUUGGGCCAGUUCUCGGCCCACGGCAGCGUGCGCGUGUGGAGCGUCGUCCCCGCCGUCAGAGGUGUGGGAUACGGCCAGAUGAUCGCCACCUCGGCCGUGGUCUCCUACUACGUGGCGCUGAUGGCGCUGACCGUGUUCUACUUCUUCGCUUCGUUCGCCACGGUGCUGCCCUGGACGCAGUGUGACCCGAGUUGGGCCGACAUGACACGCUGCGUCGACCCCAGCACCAACGUGUCGCUGCUCAACGGCAGCGAGCCAAUGGGCGCCACCGAGAUGUACUUCCAACUCAACGUACUUCAGGAGCUUCCAAACAUCGACAACGGGAUCGGAGUACCCGAGUGGCGCCUGACGCUCUGUCUUCUCUUCUCCUGGGUGGUGCUCUUCCUCACGUUGGCCAAGGGCGUGCAAAGCUCGGGCAAAGUAGCAUAUUUCACAGCUAUCUUCCCGUACGUGGUUCUCUUCACGCUACUGAUACGAGGCGUCACACUGCCCGGCGCCGUGGAUGGAAUCUUGUUCUACAUCACCCCCCAAUGGGAGCAGCUACUCAAUGCUGACGUGUGGUACGCGGCGGUGACGCAGUCCUUCUUCUCGCUGUCGGUGGGGUUCGGCUCGCUCAUCAUGUACUCCAGCUACAACGACUUCGAAGACCCGGUGGCAAGGGACGCUGCCAUCAUCAGCAUUGCGGACAUGCUGACCUCGCUGCUAGCCGGCUUCACCAUCUUUGCUAUCCUGGGCAACCUGGCCCACGAGCUGGACACCACCGUGGACCAGGUCAUCAAGGGCGGCGGCACGGCCCUCGCCUUCGUCUCGUACCCGCAGGCGCUGGCUUUCUUUCCUGGCGUGCCGCAGCUGUUCGCCGUGAUGUUCUUCUUGAUGCUGUUCACGCUGGGCGUGGGCUCGGCCACGGCUCUCACGGGCUGCAUCAUCACCAUCAUCAGGGAGGAGUUCCCGCGCCUGAAGCAGUGGCAGGUGGCAGCAGGCGUCUCCAUCUGCGGGUUUCUCCUCGGCCUGGUGUAUAUCACGCCGGGUGGCCAGUUUGUUUUGACCCUGGUUGACUACUUCGGUGGAGGAUUCAUCAUUUUCAUCCUGGCCACGAUAGAAGUGAUGGCCAUACAGUGGGUGUAUGGUAUCAAAAACUUCUGCGAUGACCUGGAGUUUAUGGUGGGAACGAGACCCAACUGGUACUGGAAGUUCUGCUGGGCCAUCUUCAUUCCACUCGCUCUGCUCGGGAUCUUCAUCUACUCGUUGGCUACUAUCAAGCCGCUCAAGUAUGGCCAAGUCGGCUAUCCUCCCAUCGCCAUAAUUUGCGGCUGGCUCCUGAUUCUGGUCGCCUUUGCCACUGUACCCAUCUGCUUUGUGUACGCCGUCUACAAGGCCAAGGGAACCACCUGGUUUGAGCGGAUCAUCUCAACGUUCAAACCGAACGCCGACUGGGGACCAGCAGAGAAGGAGCACCGCAAGGAGUGGCUGGCGGCCUCUGGCCGGCAGGACCCGCUGCAGGGAGCCGAGGCGCGCAGCCGGCCCCGCCGGCCGGAGCUGCAGCCGCGCCGGCCCAGCUGCCGGCGUCCGGACGGCCGCGUCUCCUACCGGCGCACCAUGUCCGGGGGACACACCUUCCAGCGCACCAUGUCGUCAACGGGCCGCCCCUACAGGCGCACGGUGUCGCACGCGCCGGGCGCGCUGGAACCGCGCCGCCACCGCCACCGAUCGGCGGUGGAGCGCAGCGCGAGUUCACCGAGACCACCGGCAGAUGGCAGCCAGGUUUAAGCCAGUCAGUCUCUACCUGGCCCUGCAGGGGUAGUGUCUAGUGCUGACCAAGGUACUGACAGCUGGGAGUCGACGUGGGGGAAAACACGCAACUUCACGCCAGUGACGCUGGCAGCGGUACCACCGACUUGAUCCAUACUUGUCCUGGCGGGUGCAUGUGGAGCGGACGGCGGUAUGAAUGUCUGGCCGAGUGUACAAGAAUGCAGUGACAGGCAGUCGGUCAGUAUGCAGUUAUGGGAGGCCCUGGAAAUUGCAAUCAUUUAAUCAAUCCCUCCACUCCAGCAAUAUCACUGCGCUGUGAAAGAUGGGUCUGCGCUGUGAACCUGGUCUGAGAUUGAUCAUCAUGAUCAUUAGCAAAUAGCAUAAGCCGUCAUGACGAAGAUUUACAGUACGAUACUUUUAAAAGCUUUUUGAAACCUUUUCGGCGAUAUUUCCUGACGACACAACUAUCAUCAGCGAUCACUGGCUACAAAUAUUUCGUAUAAUCAUAAGAAACAGGUUGGCAGACUAUAUUUUGAUAACACUUCUAGUGACGGACUCUAAGCAAGAUCAUACGUUUAUUGUCGGGAAUGAUGCCAGAUCUUAUUCUACAGAACGUCUUAGGUUGAACAUUCGGUGACAUGUCUGACGCAGGCGCGACAAAACAAACUCCAAUAUCCUGCCGUGUCCAUUUCCUUAGAUAUGCAGUACUUGCAAAGCCUACAUGAGUAAGCAUGAUUCACGACGAAUGAUGCUUGAGUGAAAUGAUCCUUCAAGCCCGCCCUGCUCCACGCAGAACCGAUGUUGACAAUAAUGUCGCACUCAGCACACGUCCCCGACCAAUUCACACGGUCGAUUGCCAUUCCCGGUGUUCGCCCUAGAAUUUGCGCGAACUAAAUGCAUAGACUAAAGACAACAAAUUUAUUUUUUAAAAACUCGUUUUAUGUCACUAACCUUAUUUUAGUUGCUUUCACACGUAACUUAGCUAUUACAUGUCAAUGAAAUGGCAUGAACACAAUUAUUUCCUCGUCAAGGUAUUUAGUACAUAAUAAAAGUUCAUAGCAACAUUUUGCAACUUUCCAGCACAUCAAUCCGUCGUGAACAUGGCUAAUAGUCGCCAUUCAAUCUCUGAUGUGAAAUGGAUGCAACGCUAUCGCAAAACACCUUAUCAUAAGAACUGGUGUCUUACUACAUAUCCGUUUAAAAUGUAUCAGCAUUCAUAUGCAUCUGUGGUGCCGUCGUUCGUGUCACUAUUGUCGUAACUGGGCUGAGUAAGCAAACAUUUUCCAAGCUGACAAGGCAACACAACGGCAUAGACGAUCACGUCUUGGACCAGAGUGUUUGAAAAUACUAAUUAAUGUAAAAAUGAGUCCUCGACAGUGAAGUUGAAUGUGCUGACAAUUUUUGUGUGCUGAGACGGAUGCAUGUUUGAACUGAGUGACACUUUUGUAAUGCUUGUGUAUCGUUUAACUGGACCAGUGCAACUCAACAUGAUGACAACAGGAAAAUUGGUGUUCUCUGUGCCGAAAGCGCGCGUUACACACUAUACUGCACGCGCCUUCCUACAAUACCGCUUGGUCGCGCAGCAGGAUUCCCGAAUGUGAUCAUGGUACGUGUUAUGCGCAGGUACAAAGUGAAGCAGGACUGAUAAGUAGUGAUCUGUACAUUCAAUUAGAGAUGUAAACGAAAGGAUGGCGAACGUCAAUAAAAGAAUGUUCACUACAUAACUGAAGAAAGAGCUUUGACGUAAGUAGGAAAGUGACAAGGUUAUCUCCAUCGUAAUGUUUAAGUGUUAAGCUGAUGCUGUGACAAAUUGCCGGGAUAUUUUGCCUUGUUUCCAUUAUAUUGUGACGUAUGUUAAACCAUGAUCCUGUAAUGUUUCCUGAUUCCCGAUCGCACUGUGACGCAGGCUAUGUAUAUGUUGACCGGUGUGAGGGAAACAUGCCUUUCAACAAGCUAGUGGAAGAACAAAAAAGCGUUAUACCGUUGCUCUCCUCGGUCACGUGCGCUCUUUAACCGUGAUUCAGGCACAUUACGCGCCUAGUUUUGUGUGAUGAUGAAGAUUGGGAAGAAUAGGCAUUGAAACUGUCAUGAUGGAUGUGCCGGUUGAAGGAAGCCUAGAACCUGGUGGAGAAUUCAGCUCAUUUGAAAUGCCCCGCGUAAGUUCUAUGUUUAAUCGGGUGUGGAAGAGAAAAAAUCGCGGUUUCUGGGAAACGUAGCUGAAGAAGGAGGCUUGGCUGAUGCAAGGGAAGGGGAAAGCCAAACAGAGGAGUCCAAAGUCCGCAACAUAGCAUUAACUUAAUGCUGUUGCCGGGCAAGACGAGAGGUGAAGCCGCUUUUCUUUUCUUCUGCAAUCUCCUUGGUGGAUCCUCUGUUAUCUGGAAAACGUGCUGGUGUUGCAUGUUGUCGAGAAAA